ACCUCGGCGCCGCCAUAUUCCAAAAUUUGUGCUAAGCGUGCGGCAGAAUUUUCGAAACGCUUCUUGUGUGAUUGUUGCGAGAGUACGAAAUCACGAAACAGGCAAAGAGAUUGAAACGUACCAUUAUAUCGCAUCGAAAGCGAUUCAGGCAAAACCGGCAACGAAUUUGAGCGUUUCUUAGCCUACACCGCUUUCCGGCCGCCAAGAAGAAAGCUUGCAAUUUGGCGGGAGUACAGGAGCAGAACGACGCCGGAAGAUAGCCGCUGUUGGUUGUUGAGUUUUAAGCGUGGAAAUGGGCGAACGACCUGAUGGCGCGGAAGCCUUCGAUGAUGCGGUCGAGGAGCGCGUCAUCAAUGAGGAGUACAAAAUAUGGAAGAAAAACACCCCUUUCCUGUACGAUCUGGUCAUGACACACGCGCUCGAAUGGCCAUCCUUGACCGCCCAGUGGUUGCCGGAUGUGACGAAGCCGGAAGGAAAGGAUUACUCCGUACAUCGGCUAAUCUUGGGUACCCAUACCUCGGACGAGCAGAAUCAUCUGCUUAUUGCAAGUGUUCAGUUACCGAACGAGGAUGCCCAGUUCGAUACGAGCCACUUCGAUAACGAAAAGGGAGAGUUCGGUGGGUUCGGAUCGGUGUCGGGGAAGAUCGAGAUCGAAAUCAAGAUCAACCAUGAAGGCGAAGUGAACCGAGCGCGUUACAUGCCGCAAAAUCCGUGCGUCAUUGCCACCAAAACUCCAUCGAGCGACGUUUUGGUGUUUGAUUACACAAAGCACCCGAGUAAACCGGAACCGAGCGGCGAAUGUCAUCCGGAUCUUCGGCUACGCGGUCAUCAAAAGGAGGGAUACGGACUGUCGUGGAAUCCGAAUCUGAACGGAUAUCUGCUAUCGGCAAGUGACGAUCAUACGAUCUGCCUGUGGGAUAUUAAUGCCACACCAAAGGAGCACCGCAUUAUUGAUGCGAAAAAUAUCUUCACUGGUCACACGGCCGUGGUAGAGGACGUUGCUUGGCAUUUGCUGCAUGAAUCGCUAUUCGGAUCUGUGGCCGACGACCAGAAGCUAAUGAUUUGGGAUACGCGAUGCAACAAUACCUCGAAACCAUCCCACACCGUCGACGCACACACGGCUGAGGUGAACUGCCUUAGUUUCAAUCCCUACUCGGAGUUCAUUCUGGCGACCGGAUCGGCCGACAAAACAGUGGCCCUUUGGGAUCUGCGCAACCUUAAACUUAAGCUACAUUCGUUCGAGUCGCACAAAGAUGAGAUUUUCCAGGUGCAAUGGUCUCCGCAUAACGAAACUAUUCUUGCCUCCUCCGGUACCGACCGCAGACUGCACGUUUGGGACCUGUCGAAGAUUGGCGAGGAGCAGAGUACGGAAGAUGCCGAAGACGGCCCACCCGAGCUGCUGUUCAUCCAUGGUGGCCACACAGCCAAGAUAUCGGACUUCUCCUGGAAUCCCAACGAACCGUGGGUCAUCUGUUCGGUGUCGGAGGACAACAUAAUGCAAGUUUGGCAAAUGGCCGAAAACAUGUACAACGACGAAGAACCGGAUGUUCCCGCAAGUGAAGUUGAAGGUGGAGCCCCGUGAAGAGAUUCAACCUCUUCGUUCCAUGUUUUCCGCCCGUUUCCGUUUACCUUUGGUAUAAUGCUAGCAUCCCAUGGCGCCCCGAUCGCGAUCGAGCCUUCGCGCAACGAUUGGAGAGCUGCCGAUAUUAUUUGUUUCUUUCCUAUCUUACGUUUUAUUAGUUUCAUCCAAACCGAUUCACAACGGUUCUUAUUCCUUCAACACUCCGGUUCCGCGUUGUAAUGGACUGCUAGGAAUCCCACUUCAUUAAAUAUAUAUAUUCAACUAGCACUGAAAAAUCAAUAAUGUAUGUGAAUACGUAAGGCACAUUUUGAUUUGCCAAUAACGAAUAAAAAGAAUUUUUACGGAUA